GUUAACGAUCGUGAGUACGUCACUUCCGGCCUUCACUCCUUCCUCCCUUUUUCCGAGCCUCUGUCGACUGUGUGGCCCUCGUGUUUACACUCUCCCAGAUGAAGGAGUCGAUAAUGAACCAGGAGAAGCUCGCCAAACUGCAGGCGCAGGUCCGCAUAGGCGGCAAGGGGUCAGCCCGCAGAAAGAAGAAGGUGGUGCACAGAACAGCUACAGCAGAUGACAAGAAGCUGCAGUUCUCCCUCAAGAAACUGGGAGUCAACAACAUCUCUGGCAUUGAAGAGGUGAAUAUGUUCACAAACCAGGGGACAGUGAUCCACUUCAAUAACCCAAAGGUUCAGGCCUCCUUGGCAGCCAACACCUUUACGAUCACAGGGCACGCUGAGAACAAGCAGCUCACAGAGAUGCUCCCAGGAAUCUUAAACCAGCUGGGAGCAGACAGCCUGACCAGCCUCAGGAGAUUAGCAGAGACCCUGCCCAAAACAGUUGGAGACAUCAAAGCCCCCAUGGUUGCUGUUGAAGAGGAGGAUGAUGAGGUUCCAGAUCUUGUUGAAAACUUUGAUGAGGCCUCAAAGGAUGAGGCAAACUAACAAACACCAGCAAACAUUUCAAGGCUCCUCCUGACUUCACAGUACUUUGACACAGCAGCAUUUUGUAAUUCUUCAUCUGUUAUUGCUCUGUGGCAACAAACAAAAGCUGCUUUUUAACCUUGACAACUGGGCAAAAAACAAGUAAAAUUGACUUUUAAUGGCAACUGUUACCCACUCCUUUGUCUGAUUUGUCUCAUUUUGCUGUACAAGUAACAUUUAUUUAAUUCAGUGGAAUGUGCAAACCUUUCUCUUUCUCUCACUGCCUCUCCUGCAUUGUGAUGCCCACACAACAAAAAUAUUUUGGUGGAAUUAAUCAUGUAAUAAAGAUUACAUUUAAAUUUCUCAA